UUCAUUUUCCCACAUCUCAAUUCCAAAUCACUCUCCCAAUUCGAUUCUGCAGACGCUGAAACCAGCCGGAAAAAUGCAAGCGAUUUCGGCUCCGGCUUCGUCUCCCAGUUUAGACGCUUACGAAUUCGAUUUCAAUAAUAAUUACGACUACUCGCAGCUCUCUGCUAAUUUCGCUGCAGCGGUUAAAGUCUCGGAUAAGCCGGAAAUGGAAGCCGAAAAUAAUGUCGAUGCGAUACAGGCUGAUGAAAUUGAAGAAGACGAGGACGAAGAGGAAGAGGAAGAGGAGUUUUCGUUCUUCUGCACCAAUCCCGAUGGCUCGCCUAUCUCCGCCGACGACGUGUUCCAAGACGGCCAGAUCCGGCCGGUAUAUCCGAUUUUCAACCGGGAUCUCCUCUUCACCGACGCCUACGACGGCAAUUCUUCAAAACAUGUUUAUUCUUCGUCGUCGUCAUUAAGGCCGCCGUUGAAGAAGCUCUUCUUCGAAGACCGCGACGCGCCGUCGUCUUCAGCCUCGGAAUCCGACGAGCUCGAGGCCUUGCCGGAGGGAAGCUACUGCGAGUGGUCCAAGAACGCCAAGGAGGUCUCGCCGGAGCUCAAGAACAACAAGAGCAACUCCACCGGGUUCUCCAAGCUCUGGAGAAUCAGGGACCUGGUCCCCCGGAGCAACAGCGACGGCAAGGACGCGUUCGUGUUCCUCAACCCUAAUUCGGCGAGCCUGAAGCAAAAUAAAGACGCCGGGAAGGCCGCGAAGAGCGUGAAGGCGGUGGAGAAAGCGCCGGUGAAGGAUAAGGGGCAAAAGGGGAAAAAGGCUGAAACGGUGUCGUCUGCUCACGAGAAGCAUUAUGUGAUGAACAGAGCGAAGAAGGAAGGGGAUAAACGACGGUCGUAUUUGCCUUACAGGCCUGGUGUCGUUGGGUUCUUCACUAAUGUGAACGGGUUGAGCAGAAAUGUUCAUCCCUUCUGACAACCACCGCGUAGUAGUGAUUAACCAAAUUACUUUAUUAUUUUUUGUAAACUUGGGUUCUUUUUCCUUGAUUAAUUAAUUCUAUGUAAAUUAUUGAGCAAAGUCACCAAGCAUAUAUUCUAGUUGUGGUGAUG